GUUUUUUUCUUACUUUUUCCGCAGAUGUGCUUUACUGAAGAAACAUAGCUUUCGAUUUUAUUUAUUUAUUUUUAUUACUGUGACGGAAAAUGUCUUCACCACCGGAUGUGAUUUUGCUGGAUCGUGGCAAUAACACCACGUGCUCUGUGAACCUACAUGGAGCGACGAUUGUUUCUUGGAGAGUGAACAACCAGGAGCAGUUGUUUGUGAGCAAGCAAGCAGUUUUCGACGGGAAGAAAGCGAUUCGAGGAGGCGUCCCGUUUAUUUUUCCGCAAUUCGGAGCUUGGCAUCUUGGUCCACAACACGGUUUCGCACGAACUUCCACAUGGACUCUCGAGUCGCCGCCGGAAAGGCUCGAGUCUGGGGAUGUGGAAGCUAUGUUUUCGUUGACCGAUUCCGAGCACACGAGGAGCAUGUGGAAUUUUCCGUUUCGAGUGUUUUAUCGCUUGAUCCUCCGAGAAAAGGAGUUGCACUUCAACGUGAGCGUGAGCAACACGGGACACGAGUCCUUCGCCUUCACUCUCCUCCUGCACACCUACUUCAAAGUGCCGGACGUGCGUCGGUGUCAAAUCGGCGGCCUCAAGGGCUGCACCUACGUGGACAAGGUGCAGAACGGGCUCGUGUUCCGCGAAGACCGGGACGCCGUGGCGGUCGGCGAGUUCACGGACCGCGUGUACCAGGACACGCCGCCGGAACAAAUCAUCUCCAACGUGGUGUCUGGUCGGAAAAUGCGGGUGAUGAAGUACAACUUGCCGGACACUGUGGUGUGGAAUCCGUGGCUGGAAAAUGCCCAGGCCAUGGGCGAUUUCGGGGACGAGGAGUAUCCGAAUAUGAUUUGCGUGGAGGCUGGGCGAGUCGCGUCGCCUGUGCAUUUGCCCUCGGGCACCGUGUUUGAGGCCUCGCAGAUUCUCCAGGUACAUUACUGCGUAUGA